CACAGCACCCUACAAAACACCCAUAAGAAAAACCCUAAUCCCCCCGCUUCCAUUUUCUCUUCUUCUAAGCUCCGCCUCCUACUUCUUCAGAGCUCUCACACUCACACACCUCACCAGAACCGGAAAUGCCUUUCAAGAGGUACGUUGAGAUCGGAAGGGUGGCUCUCGUCAACUACGGCGAGGACUAUGGGAAGCUUGUUGUCAUCGUCGACGUCCUUGACCAGAACAGGGCUCUUGUCGAUUCUCCUGAUAUGGUCAGAUCCCAAAUGAAUUUCAAGAGACUUUCACUCACUGACAUCAAAAUUGAUAUCAAGAGGGUUCCUAAGAAGAAGGAAUUGCUUGCUGCAAUGGAAGCUGCUGAUGUGAAGAAGAAGUGGGAGAACAGCUCUUGGGGUAGGAAACUUAUUGUUCAGAAGAGGAGAGCAUCUCUUAACGACUUUGAUCGAUUCAAGCUCAUGUUGGCUAAGAUUAAGAGGGCUGGCUUGGUCAAGAGUGAGCUUGCAAAACUGAAAAAGGAGACAUCAUCUUAAGCAAUAUCGGAUAUUAAGUUUACAAUUUUGUUAUGGAUUAUUUUCAAAACUGUACUCUGGAUUGUAAUCCCUUUAUUUUUAUUCGAGUUUAGUUUUUUUCGGAGCUGUUUUUGUUUUAAAAUAUUAUUGACAAAGGAGCUCUUUUAAUGAUCAAUUUUCUGUUGUCCUGUGUUUCCUUCCA